AUGAACUAUGACGAUCCACCGGAGUGUCUGAAUAACAGCCAGUGCCGUGAAGUUAUCAUAAAUGCUCAGGUACGAUAACGUUUAUAUAGUCAUCAUAACUUAUUUUUAAUUAAUAAUCAUAGUACUGUAAUUAAUUAUAGUACUGUAACAUAUUCUAGGUUCCCCUUGAAUGGGCGCUGCCCUUGUACGGUUACGCGAUGCCCUUCAUCGUGGCCAUGACGUUGCUGACCAAUAGUUUCAUCGUGUUGGUGCUGUCACAAAGAUAUCUCCGGACUCCCACUAACUACGUGCUUCUGGCUAUGGCAGUUACGGAAUUAUUGACCGGUCUUUCCUGCCUCCCUUGGCUCUUAUAUUAUUAUACGUUUAAUGGUAUGUUUACUUGUUAUGACACGCUGAAUACAACUUUUAGGCUACAAAACAGACAUCCAGUACGGUCUGUCGCAGUUGUGGUGCUUCAGUUUCCCGUACAUGGCGACGAUCUGUCCCUCCAUCUUCCACACGGCAGCUAUCUGGCUGACUGUUUAUCUGGCUGCCCAACGAUAUAUUUACAUUUGUAUGCCCAAGAUGGUUCGAAAUCAUUGCACCAUUCAGCGGAGUAAACAAGUCAGUUUCUUAUCGCUAACAUUGUUAUUCAUGUUUUCAGGCCAUAAUUGCCAUUUGCGUGUGUUCAUUGUCGAUUUAUGCGCCAGAAUUCUUUGCCACGUACAACAACUCUUACACUCUGUACAAUCCACGAUUUAACGGUAAUUUUUAAUACAAUAAUUAAUAGUUCGAUUAAAUUUAAAAUGUUUUUGAAGCCUUUGUAAUAUAAACAAAUAGUUUUCUAUAACUAUUUAUGCAUUGUCCUAUAAUUCGGUCUUUAUGCUAAUUUCAGCUACCAGAAGAGUUUGCCUCCGUAUUAGGACUAAGUUCAUUCAAACUGUAGGAAACGAUAUCUACUACUAUAGUCUGUAUGGUAUCCACACUUUACUCUCACAUACCUUGCCUUGUAUAUUGUUGGUGUGUUUCACGUGGAAGCUGAUAUCAGCUAUCAGUGUUGCUGAUAAACGACAUGCAUAUCUGAUAGCACGGUAAGUGUAUCAUUGUAUUUACAUUUAUUUUAUUUUACAAUAUGUUUAAAUCAAGUCCUAUGCGAGCUUAACUUUGUUUUCAGGACGGCUACUCGAAAGUACACGAUAGAAUCCAGCGAAACCCUGGAAGUCGACGGCGCCGAGAAGAAAGGCUUCAAGCUGAAGAGUCGCGAGAGUUUCAGCGAAUCCAAGAGGCUACAGGGCCUGAAACAAGUAAGAACCUUGUUCGUUGUUAAAUGGCUUUAUAGAACACCCGAAUGUUAAUCGCCGUAAUCAUAUUAUUCUUGGUCACGGAGAUCCCAGCUGCCCUCAUCUUCUCCGUGCAUGUGAGUGCAGUUGCAUUCCAGAUUACUUUCAUACAACGUCACUACAACGUCCUAAACAAAUUACUAAUAAUACGGUGAGUUCAGCACGACCGACUGUACGAGAACAAGGUUCGUAUCAUGGGAACGUCUAAUUAGCCCGACCGAGGUGUUACUUCUUAUGGGCUCGUAGAAGCUUAUUGUAACACUAAUUUACGAUUAUAGAGCUCGCAUGCAUUGUAAAUAACAUUAUUAAUAUGUAUAGUACGCUUACAAUAGACAGUUGAAGCCAAAGUAAUUAGAAAUAGUAACACCUCUUAAUAUUACAGUAAAUAACUACAAACCAUACAUAUCGAAAGCAUAAUUAAUACUAAAAUUACAGAAAUGUGCUCAUAGUAAUGUCAUAUCCCUUUCGAUUCGCCAUUUACUGCGGAAUGUCACAGCAAUUCCGCGAAGUUGUCCGCAUCAUGUUAACGCAUCGUAUCUUCUUUCCGUGCAGUAAACGUGCUCACGAGAUACUGCGUAGCAUGCACCACGGACCGCAUGCUCGUCUUCUACAGAACAACAACGUCGGUGGAAACAACACCCUCAACGAACCGACCCAGUUCAGCGACGACAGAAAGUACUCGGCUUGCGAAUUCUAACAUUUCGUUAACCACUGCUUCUGUCCCUGUUUUCCCUAGUGUACCGUGCUUCUCUGGCACUGUACCGUGCUUCUCCGGUGCUAUGUCCUGUACCGUGCCUCUCCAGUGCUAUACCGUGCCUGGUGUAUCGUGUUAUACCCUCUACGGCUUUACAGUUUCCCAUUUCCGUCCUUUGUGUGCCAUUAACUGAUUGUGAUACGAAACCUUACCUCCUUUAGAUACCCAUAUGACCUUCAACUAGAGGAAUGGUCCCAGAGUCGGAUGACGUCGCCGCGCAACUCCUUCCUCAACGCACAGUCCGAAGUCAUCAUGAAAGUCAUCCAGACGACAACGCCUCAAUUCUUGCUCAACGGUUCCGACUAA